GGCAACCACAAGCCUCGAUGGACGGGCGGGAGAAAGCUCAGAUGCUCUGAGAGGGUCUGGGUUUGUGUUUGUCGUUUUUUUCUCCCUAGCUCCUGGAGUAACCACCAGGGAUGUCCGGAAUUCAACCCGAGGAUGGUUCCCCUCCGUGCAGGAACUGGACGAGCGGGUCGGAACUAAACGAAACGCGGGAGGCUCUUUUAACUCCUUCCUCCGACUACGAUGAUGAGGAGUUCCUGCGAUACCUCUGGAAGGAGUACUUGCACCCCAAGGAAUACGAAUGGGCGCUGAUCGCUGGCUACAUCGUCGUCUUCAUAGUGGCUCUCGUCGGGAACGUCCUGGUUUGCAUUGCAGUGUGGAAGAACCAUCACAUGCGGACAGUUACCAACUAUUUCAUAGUGAAUCUUUCUCUGGCUGACAUUCUGGUCACAAUUACUUGUCUUCCAGCAACUUUAGUUGUGGACAUCACAGAAACGUGGUUCUUUGGGCAGACCCUCUGCAAAGUGAUUCCCUACUUACAGACAGUUUCAGUCUCUGUGUCUGUACUAACACUCAGCUGCAUUGCUUUGGAUCGAUGGUAUGCAAUUUGUCACCCUUUGAUGUUUAAAAGCACAGCCAAGCGAGCAAGGAACAGCAUUAUAAUUAUCUGGAUUGUGUCCUGCAUCAUAAUGAUUCCUCAGGCUAUUGUUAUGGAGUGCAGCAGUGUGUUCCCAGGAUUAGCCAAUAAAACCACCUUGUUCACAGUGUGUGAUGAGCACUGGGGAGCUGAGGUUUACCCCAAAAUGUAUCACACGUGCUUUUUUCUGGUGACAUACAUGGCACCAUUGUGUCUUAUGGUGUUGGCCUAUUUGCAGAUAUUUCGAAAGCUGUGGUGUCGCCAGAUCCCAGGAACUUCUUCUGUUGUUCAGAAAAAAUGGAAGCCCCUGCAGCCCUCAGCACAGCCCCGAGGGCUGGGACAAUCAACAAAGUCAAAGAUUAGUGCUGUGGCAGCUGAAAUAAAACAGAUUCAUGCAAGAAGGAAAACAGCACGUAUGCUAAUGGUUGUCCUCCUGGUUUUUGCGCUUUGUUAUCUACCAAUUAGCAUCCUCAAUGUCUUGAAAAGGGUUUUGGGGAUGUUUAAUCAUGCUGACGACAGAGAAACUGUGUAUGCCUGGUUCACAUUCUCACACUGGCUUGUAUAUGCAAACAGUGCAGCCAAUCCUAUUAUUUAUAACUUCCUCAGUGGGAAAUUCAGAGAAGAAUUUAAAGCAGCAUUUUCCUGUUGCAUCUUUGGCAGCCACCAUGACGAACGGUUCACCAGAGGUCAUGCCAGUACAGAGAGUCGGAAGUCCUUGACCACCCAGAUCAGCAAUUUUGAUAAUGUUUCAAAACUUGCAGAACACGUUGUAUUGACCAACAUAAAUACAAUCCCAUCAAAUGAUAUCCCAGCUGUGCUCAACCCAUCAAAAUCAAUGGAACUGCAUCUCCACAUACCAGGAAUGAACAUGACUUCAAACAUAGAUGAAGCCAUGACAGUUUCUGCAGAAGACACUCUCAACACAGAGAAUGUAGAGUGGGAUAAAUUCAUCCCUAGCAUAACGAAACUUACCUCGAUGGAGUUACAGCAAGGAUGACUUUGGCUCAAUACACUACAAACAACAGAGAGUGGCACAUGCUUUUACGUGUGAUACAGACUACAAUAACUGGACAAAGGGAUUCCUUCAAAAUAACUGCCUAUUCUAUUUUUUCUCAGUCUUACAGAAACCUACUUACCUCAGUAUGAGCUAAAGAACAUGUCUUUACAAGUCUUUUAAAGAUUGUAUUGUAUCAUACUUUGUAAAUACUGUAGAUAUUUAUUUUUAUAUAUUUUAGAUGCUGUGGAACGUUCUAAAAUGUAUCAUAUAAAGAAAUCUAAAUAUUUG